AAGCCGCGUGACUGUCAUGUGACGAAAACAACAUGGCGGAAGGCACGAAGUAUUAGCAGGAAGCGUUUACUUCGAAGAAAAGCUGUCAAUCAGCUCCAACUAGGAACCAAAUUCAGAUCCUUGAAAAUGAUAGCUUUUGGAAAAUAUGUUCUAUUUCUAUGUAUAUCAUGGCUGCUUCUGUCAAACGCUCAAGCCAGCCCUCUAUGGUACAGAAGACAUGAUCAACACAUAGCACCAAAAAGAUUCUUUCGAGAAUUUCUUCCGAAGUUAACUGAAACCUUCACCCAAAAGUUGCCUGUGCAAGCUGAACCUAGCUCAUGGCUACACAGCACUGAAUGUGAAGUGUGCAAGCUGUCAGUUAGCUUGGUACAAGUGUUGUUCAAGGAGGGGCACACCAAGGCAGAGAUUGUGGAUUUAUUGGUGAAAGUGUGCAUCAGCCUCGGUCUACAGGAUGACAGAAUCUGUAUUGCGAUAGUAAGAGAGUUUGAGAAUGAAGUUUUGACAGUCAUUGAUAAGCUGGUGUUAAAACCCGAUGAAGUUUGUGGAACACUCUUUGGUUCAACAUGUGGAACGCCAUACAAUCCCCUGGAAUCCUGGAAUGUGUCGCUACCGAAAACCCCUAAACCACCGGUAAUACCUCCCUCACCACCUCCUAAGGGAUCCCCGAAGCUGCGAGUACUCCACAUCUCCGACAUCCACUUUGACUCCUUCUACCAGCCUGGAGCCAAGGCAGAGUGUAAUGAACCUCUCUGUUGCCGUGCCAAUGAUGGACAGCCAGAUCCAGGAGAGUCUGGUGCAGGCCAGUGGGGAGACUACAGGAACUGUGACACACCCUUGACCACCCUUGAGAACCUGUUUGAGCAUCUGCACAACAGGUCUGCAGAGUACGACUAUGUCAUGUGGACAGGCGACCUCCCAGCUCAUGACAUAUGGAACCAGUCAAGAGGUGAUCAGUUGUCUGCCCUUGACAGACUCACCCAGCUCUUCAAGAAGUACUUCCCCAACAAAACCAUUUACUCCGCUUUGGGGAACCAUGAGAGUGCGCCUGUCAACAGUUUUCCUCCCCCCUUCAUUACCAACAACAACUCCAUCUCUUGGUUGUACAACGCCAUCGCUGACAGCUGGCUCAACUGGUUGCCACAGGACACCAAGACAACCAUCCAACAAGGCAGCUUCUAUCAGGUGUCUCCUUACCCAGGCUUGCGUCUUGUGUCCAUCAAUACCAACUAUUGCAACAACCAGAACUGGUGGCUGCUGCUGAACACGACCGACCCGGCCGGCCAGUUACAGUGGCUGGUGGACGUUCUCCAGGAUGCUGAGAUGAAGAAGGAGAAGGUGCAUAUUCUGGGUCAUAUGCCCCCUGGGAUCAGUGAUUGUCUGAAGGCUUGGAGCUGGAACUACUACAACAUUGUAAACAGAUUUGAAAGUACCAUAGCUGCCCAGUUUUUCGGACACACUCACCGAGAUGAGUUUGAAGUGUUUUAUGACAAUGUCAACUUCACCCGCGCAGUCAGCAUGGCGUACAUUGUGCCAAGCAUCACACCGUACCCAAACUUGAACCUGGGAUACAGGAUCUAUGAGCUGGAUGCCAACCGCUCUGGAUGUUCUUGGAGUGUGUUGGAUCAUGAGACAUAUAUCCUGAACUUGACCCAGGCCAACAGUGCAGGCAGUCCGCCCCAAUGGCAGCUGGAGUACACAGCCAAGAGCACAUACAAUAUGGAGUCACUGUAUCCCAAAGAUUGGAGUAAUCUUAUCUACCAAAUGAGAGACAACUCCACUCUGUUCCAGACUUAUUACAGUCUGUACUACAAAUCUCAUCCCACUGACGCCUGUGAUGACAAAUGUCGCAGAGACCUGCUGUGCGCCCUCAAGUCUGGGCGGUCAUCUGACCCAAAGCUGUGUUCUGACAUCUAGAUGCUGACCACUAAAUAUCCUAGGGUGGUGCACCCUUGUGUCAUCUUGUGACACAUAUACACUCAAAGUGGAAACAGCUAGUUUUCAAAUUUAAUAAUCUGAACCAAAAAAGAAGUAUGCUUAUACUUAUGAUCAAAUAAGUACGAAGUAAAGCAUAUGUAGUCACCAUAUCUUUUUCUGGAAGUUUUUCAGGAGGAUUGAUAUGAACCCCAAAAGCUCACUGUUAUUUAGAUUAAUCUGGGGGUUGGGGUUGUAAGGCCUUACAGCUUCUGAACAUACUUUGUUUUCAAUUCAUGGGAAUCAGUGGUCAUGCAUGACAUGAUAUUUUAGGACACAAGAUGACUAAAUCACCCUGUUUCCGAGUUUCUUGGCCUUCAUUGUAUGGUUGGUUAGUUGGUUGGUGUUUAAUGGCGCACUUAGCAAUAUUCCGUCUAUAUGGUGGCGGUCUGUAAAUAAUCAAGUGUGGACCA